AUCAGAGAGGAAGGAAAAACACUGUGUCUCAAUCCCAAUAACAAGAUUUCCCCCUCUAUGAAAUUUACCGAACACUCGCUCCCCUCUCUCAUCAGUCUAGGUCAGCCCAUUUCUCCCUCUCCCUCCACAAAUCCCCAUCUAAAAGACUCAAAUUCUCCCCACUCCAUAUGAACGACACCCUUCUAUUGAUAAAACGUCACCGUCCACCAUUCCUGGCCAUCCCCCAAAGACAAUCAUGCAAUUAUGCCUAUACCCUCUAUCCCCUCCUUCCUUCUCUCCAUCUCGCAAGAAUCACAACGAUUGACUUUUUGGCGUCAAAGUUUUGAUUCCUAGUGGAAAAGAGUACAUUUUUUUCAAGAAAAGAUGGAGCAAGCAGUUCUUGAUGAUAUAAUCGAGAGGUUGUUAGAGGUUAGAGGGAAACCUGGAAAGCAAGUUCAGUUAUCAGAGUCCGAGAUCCGGCAACUUUGUGUGGUGUCUAGAGAGAUUUUCUUGCGCCAGCCUAAUUUGUUGGAGCUUGAAGCACCCAUCAAGAUUUGUGGUGAUAUCCAUGGUCAAUAUUCUGAUCUUCUAAGGCUAUUCGAAUAUGGUGGUUUCCCUCCAGAUGCAAGCUACUUAUUUUUGGGGGACUAUGUGGAUCGAGGCAAGCAAAGCCUGGAGACAAUAUGUCUUCUCCUUGCUUAUAAGAUAAAAUAUCCAGAAAACUUUUUCCUCUUGAGGGGAAACCAUGAAUGUGCUUCAAUAAACCGCAUAUAUGGUUUUUAUGAUGAGUGUAAGAGAAGGUUUAAUGUUAGGAUAUGGAAGGCAUUUAUUGAAUGUUUUAAUUGCCUACCUGUGGCUGCGCUAAUUGAUGCGAAGAUUCUCUGCAUGCAUGGUGGAUUGUCUCCGGAGCUAAAUAAUUUGGAACAGAUUCGAAACUUACAGCGCCCAACUGAUGUACCAGACUCAGGUUUACUCUGUGAUCUUCUCUGGUCAGAUCCUAGUAAAGAUGUUCAGGGUUGGGGGAUGAAUGACAGGGGAGUUUCAUACACAUUUGGUCCUGACAAGGUGGCAGAGUUUCUUCAGAAGCAGGAUUUGGAUCUCAUUUGUCGUGCCCACCAGGUUGUGGAGGAUGGAUAUGAGUUCUUUGCCAACCGACAACUCGUAACUAUAUUUUCAGCGCCUAAUUACUGUGGGGAGUUUGAUAAUGCUGGUGCUAUGAUGAGUGUGGAUGAGACUUUAAUGUGCUCUUUCCAAAUAUUAAAGCCUGCUGAUAAGAAAUCAAAGUUUAAGCCUGGAAACACUUCAACCGGAGUAGGUGUUUUUGGGAGCACCAUUACAGCUAAGCCUGGAAACCCUCCGCCAGGAGUCAAGAUGUAAUGGUGGAGCGACUGUAGAGUUGGAUGAAUCAUGUCCUUCCUUGGCACAAACGUAUGACUGUUGGAUUUCCACGUAGAGAUCAAGCUUGGUUGGAUCAAGAACGCUCCGAGAUUCAAGGUCCAUUUAAUUUCCUUACUGUAUGCUGAAAUUGUAUAAAUUGGAGGGGGUGAGGGUGGGGGGUUAGAAUCUGAUGCAAAGAUUUUGCUUUCCUUAUAUAAAGUUGGGUUUGAAGAUAGAAGGCUGAGGUCUCCUCAUCUUGAUUGUACACUAAUAGCUGCUAGAAUUAUUGCUAUGAAUUGUUUCCAUGCUGCUCUUAUUGUUCCUCACAUCUGGAAGCAUUUUUUUAUUUUAAAA